UUCUGCGCCCUCCGACCAAGCACCGGCCCUGGGCACAUUAAUGAGGCAGCCGCCCCUCGGCGAGUUUGACAUGGCUCUCAGCGGCACUCUGCUCCCUUCCAUCUCCACCUUCGCCGCGGCGGGCACGGCCGGCAGGGAGAAAGUCCUGAGGCCAGCAGGUGCUAACAACAAGUGGCGGGAGGAGCUGUCUCACCUCAAGCGGUUCCCCCCUGUGUUAACAGGACGGCCUUACGACCUCUCUUCUGAGCUGGAAAACACCACAAGUGGCAGUGGAGUUGCUAUGACAAGGCGGGAGACAGAGGAGUUGAACGAGCUUCUGGACUUUGACUUCAUCUUAUCCAACUCCCUGAUGCCCCAGGAGCAACCCACGGCAGCGGCUGCAGCAGUUGUGAGCUCUGCUCCUGGCUCCUCACCUGUUGUCACUGGCAGCAGCUGCCCGUCUGUGACCACCUGCGAUUUCACCUACCAACUGCAAAGGGAGGAUCACAGUGCAGGAGGAGCAGGGGGUAUCCUGUACAACAGAGAACAGGCCCCAGCUGCCCCUUUCAACUUAGCUGACAUCAACGAUGUAUCCCCUUCUGGUGGAUUUGUGGCUGAGCUGAUGAGGCCAGAUCUGGACCCUGUUUAUAUGCAGCAACAACAACACCCACCCCCACUGGGCAGCCUGCAUGGGAAAUUUGUGGUGAAAGCCACAGUGAACAUGGGGGAAUACAAUAACCACAUCAGUGUUAGCAGCAAGAACAGUGCAGCUGCUGCAGCUUCCCCUUGCACGGAUGGACCCGUGCCACCUCCUGUUUAUAACCAUGUGCCUAGGAUGUGCCAAAAAAUCAAGCAGGAGGCAGCCCCUUCAUGUACCAUUGGUCAAUCCCAUGGGAAUACUCCAAGGGCACAGCAGCACGAUUUCCCCUUGGGGCGGCCACUGCCUAGCAGGACUAACCCUCCCUUGACUCCAGAGGAAAUGAUGAAUAGCAGAGACUGCCACCCUUCUCCACAGGGCUUAAGUCAUUCAGCCCUGCCACUUCCUCCGGGCUACCACCCGGGCUCAGGUUACCCUCCAUUUCUUCCAGAGCAGCUGCCACCCAAUGCACUCCAAUAUCAAGGUCAGUCUUACUAUCUAAAUGUUUUUGGAGAGCCUUUAAGUAUGCCUCGAUUGGUACAAGGGAUGAUGCUGACUCCGCCCUCUUCACCUCUAGAGCUGAUGCCUUCUGGGAGCUGCCUUUCUGAAGAGACCAAACCAAAGAGGGGUCGGAGGUCAUGGCCCAGGAAAAGGACCGCAACACACACAUGCGACUAUGCAGGCUGUGGUAAAACAUACACAAAGAGCUCACACCUCAAAGCGCAUCUUCGGACCCAUACAGGUGAGAAGCCCUAUCACUGUGAUUGGGAAGGCUGUGGCUGGAAAUUUGCCCGCUCCGAUGAACUCACGCGUCACUAUAGAAAACAUACAGGACAUCGCCCAUUCCAGUGCCAGAGAUGUGACAGAGCAUUUUCCAGAUCUGAUCAUCUCGCCUUACAUAUGAAGAGACACUUUUAAACGGGACAUGGUGAACUUUUUUCUUUUACUGCCAUGAGAGAUUCAGUAUUUGACAGCACAAAAGACUGUCUUCCACAAGAGGGGAGAACUCCACUUAAAGCACUACAAAAGAUCCCAGUGAAGUCUUCCAAAAAGUGUGGAAAAUGAAAGGACAAUGAAAAAAACAAUUGUGGAACUUAAAAAAUAAUAAUAGGGAAACAAUGACUGGAUUUUGUAUCAUCAUUCCAUUUUUUUUUAAAAAAAAAAAAUCUGACUUGAAUCUUUCUGGACUACAGAAUGCCAAGGAUUGACUGGAAGUCAAGGAUAUCAGGGUUAAAACAAACUCUUGAGGGUGGGGAGAAUGGGAGAUUACGUAGGGAGGCUACGGGUGAAGACAGAUGUAACAUUUGUGAAGCAGUGGGGCUACUUUGGAAGCUCCUUCGCCACAUUCAGUCCAAAUGCCUUUUUUCCUCUCCAGUGUUGCAGACUGAAAAACAUGGUUUUGCAAGGAUGCAGCAACAAUAGCCAGUACUUAUUUGGUUACUACUUCAUGACUUCAAAGACACUUUCUCUCUCCCCCACACCAAUUCCCAGAGCAGUUUUGCAACAGUUCAUAAACUUUGUUUUUUUAAGGGGAAGAGUGAACAAGUAAAUGGA